GCCGUGCGGGGGGUCUUCACGUUCUCGUGGCGCGGCGCAGGCGCUGUGGGUCUUCGGCGCGGACCGCGCAGACUGAAUAAUAAAAGGGGAGCGGCGAAGAGGCAGGAAGACAGGACCAUGUCGAAGGGCCCCGGGCCCGGCGGCUCGGCAGCUUCCUCGGCGCCCCCGGCCGCUACCGCUCAGGUGCUGCAGGCACAGCCCGAGAAACCGCAGCACUACACGUACCUGAAGGAGUUCCGCACAGAGCAGUGUCCGCUCUUUGUGCAACACAAGUGUACACAGCAUCGGCCCUACACUUGCUUCCAUUGGCACUUCGUGAACCAGCGGCGCCGCCGUUCCAUCCGCCGUCGGGAUGGCACCUUUAACUACAGUCCAGACGUCUACUGCACCAAGUAUGACGAGGCUACAGGCCUCUGUCCAGAGGGCGACGAGUGCCCAUUCCUGCACAGGACCACGGGGGAUACUGAGCGCAGGUACCACCUUCGUUACUAUAAAACUGGAAUCUGCAUCCAUGAGACAGACUCAAAAGGCAACUGCACCAAAAACGGCCUGCACUGCGCUUUUGCCCAUGGCCCACAUGACCUCCGCUCCCCUGUGUAUGACAUCAGGGAGCUCCAGGCCAUGGAGGCCUUACAGAAUGGCCAGACAACAGUAGAGGGUAGCAUAGAAGGCCAGCCAGCUGGGGCUGCAAGUCACGCCAUGAUAGAAAAGAUCCUCAGUGAGGAGCCUCGGUGGCAAGAGACUACUUAUGUCCUGGGGAACUAUAAGACAGAGCCAUGCAAGAAGCCACCACGGCUGUGUCGUCAGGGCUAUGCCUGUCCCUACUACCACAACAGCAAGGACCGGCGGCGGAGUCCCCGGAAGCACAAAUACAGGUCAUCUCCAUGUCCAAACGUCAAACACGGGGACGAGUGGGGAGACCCUGGCAAGUGUGAAAAUGGAGACACCUGCCAGUAUUGCCAUACCCGCACAGAGCAGCAGUUCCAUCCAGAGAUCUACAAAUCCACCAAGUGCAACGACAUGCAGCAGUCGGGUAGCUGUCCCCGAGGACCUUUCUGCGCCUUUGCCCACAUAGAACCGCCACCCUUAAAUGAUGACAUGCAGCCUUCCUCGGCUGUAUCCAGCCCCACCCAGGCGGGUCCUGUUUUGUACAUGCCAUCUGCUGCUGGAGACUCGGUCCCUGUGAGCCCCUCCAGCCCGCAUGCCCCUGACCUCAGCGCCGUACGUGCCUGUCUUAGGGAGUGGGUGGGCACCUUGCCUGCCCAGGAGCAAGCUCCUGCCUCUCCUCUGCCCCAGGAGCUUGAGGCACUGCUCCUCUGUAGGAACAGUGGCCUGGGCAGCCCAUCUCACCUCUGCAGCUCCCCACCAGGCCCCAGCAGGAAGGCCUCAAACCUGGAGGGCCUGGUCUUCCCUGGGGAGUCCAGCCUUGCCCCUGGCAGCUACAAGAAAGCUCCUGGCUUCGAGAGGGAGGACCAGGUGGGAGCAGAGUACCUGAAGAGUCUUAAGUGCCAGGCUAAACUAAAAACCCAUUCGCUCGAGCCCAGGAGUCAAGAGCAGCCUCUGCUUCCACCCAAACAGGACGUGCUGGGCAUCCUCCCUGUGGGCAGCCCCCUGACCUCAAGCAUCUCUUCCAGUAUUACCUCCAGCUUGGCAGCCACGCCCCCCAGCCCUGCAGGCACCAGCAGCGCCCCUGGCAUGAAUGCAAACGCUCUGCCCUUCUAUCCCACCAGCGACACGGUAGAGUCGGUCAUAGAGUCUGCCCUGGAUGACCUGGACCUAAAUGAGUUUGGAGUAGCCGCCCUGGAGAAGACUUUUGAUAACAACACAGUGCCCCACCCCAGCAGCAUCACAAUCGGUGGCAGUUUGUUGCAGAGCUCUGCACCUGUGAACAUCCCUGGCUCCUUAGGCAGUUCAGCCUCCUUCCACUCCGCUUCUCCGUCCCCUCCUGUCAGCCUCUCCUCACAUUUCCUGCAACAGCCCCAGGGCCACUUGAGUCAGUCAGAAAACACAUUUUUGGGGACCUCAGCAUCACAUGGAUCUUUGGGUCUGAACGGGAUGAACAGCAGCAUCUGGGAGCAUUUUGCCUCUGGAAGCUUCUCCCCAGGCACUUCCCCUGCCUUCCUAUCAGGGCCAGGGGCUGCUGAGCUGGCCCGGCUUCGGCAAGAGCUAGAUGAAGCUAACGGCACCAUCAAGCAGUGGGAGGAGUCCUGGAAGCAGGCCAAGCAGGCUUGUGAUGCCUGGAAGAAGGAGGCGGAGGAGGCUGGUGAGCGAGCCAGUGCGGCCGGAGCUGAGUGUGAGCUGGCCCGGGAGCAGAGGGACGCACUGGAGCUGCGGGUGAAGAAACUGCAGGAGGAGCUGGAGCGGCUGCACACUGGGCCAGAAGCCCAAGCUCUGCCAGCCGCCCCUGACCUGGAGGCACUCUCACUCUCCACCCUGUACUCCCUCCAGAAGCAGCUGCGGGUCCACCUGGAGCAAGUGGACAAGGCCGUGUUCCACAUGCAGUCGGUGAAAUGCCUUAAGUGUCAGGAGCAGACCCGGGCAGUGCUGCCGUGCCAACAUGCUGUGCUGUGUGAGCUCUGUGCUGAGGGCAGCGAGUGCCCCGUCUGCCAGCCUAGCCGGGCCCAUGCCCUCCAGUCGUGACCCUGCAGACCUGGCCCAGCUGGGCCCAGACCUUUUCACCUAGGACUUUUUAAAGUAUAUAUAUGUAUGUAUGUAUGUAUGUACGUAUGUAUGUAUAUGUAUAUGAUUAUGUACAUGUAUACAUUUCUGUGUGCGUGGUGCCAGCGUGUGCACAGUGUCUGUGUGUGUCUGGAUCUAGAUAUAGACACACACUUUAAAACAGACUUACCAAGCACUUUUUAAAGAAAAGACUAUUUUGCAGUCCUCUCCUGUCCAUUCCCCAUCCUUCCUGCUCAGAGACAAAGUCCCCUCUUUUCCCACUGGCCUUUGGCAGUGAAUAUGUUUUUGUCUCUUUUUUUAUGUAAGAACUAACUAUUUUUAACUUCUUCCUGGGGCCAGAGCAUGGAAGGAUGGGAAGCUGGAAGGGCAGGCUCUGUUCACCCUGCAUUCCAGGCCAGGGUCUAUGUCGCAGUGUGGACUCAGGUCCCCGGUUCCCAGCUGUGAGGGCUUCAGGGCCCGAGACUCUAAAGCCAGCCUAGCUUCUGGGUUUACCAAAUAUAUUUAACCCUGGGGACAGCCACGGAGCUGGCAGGCCAGAGCUGCAGGCUAGCCCCCCUCCCACACGUGGGCCCUAGGCCUAGUUCUGUCUGUUCCCUCGGGAUCUUGAAGUCUGGGCCUCUCCUUGAUCAGCCUCUUUGGCCCCACAGUCACUUGCCAGGCUGGCACUGCCCUCCCUGUCCCUGCCUCCUUCCCUCUGGCACAUGGCUGCAGGGCCGGUGGCUCCCUCCCUCUGGCAGCUAGCAGGGCGAUUGUUGGGAGAAGUGCAGUCUGAGGACCAAGGGGGCUCAAGCCCUGCCCUUCUUGCUGGGAAGAGUUGUAUGCAUUCCUUGGUGCUCUUUGAGUGCAGCUGACGUACUGCCAUUCUGGGCAGACGCCUGUGUGCAUGUGUGUGCGUGCCUGUCCAAUGUAUAUUGUGUUUAGCUUCAAUUUUAAAAAUUGUUAUGUACAGAGAUGCAGUGGAAUGGGAAAGCAGAGUGGGCAGAGGGAGGCAGCCUGUUCCCAGCACUGGGUGUCCAGUGGGCUAUAGAGGGCCACAAAAAAUCUGCCCCAGCCCAGGCCCCUCCCUUGGGCUCAGCACGAAAGGGCUUUCAAUGAAUUAAGUGAAAUUUUCUCCUUUUUUACAAAAAUGCAAAAAUCAAACUUAUUGGAAAUAAACUAUGACUUGCG